CAUUUAUUUUUCAAUAUCACUUUUUAGUCAAGGAUUUUCACUUUAAGUCUUCAACUAGAUUCCAAUUAGACAAUUUAGAUAAACAAGAUUUCAAUGAAUUACUAUCAUAUUGGAUAAUGUUAUAAUAUAAUUUACACCAAUAAUAUAUAACUGAAUCGUCUUAUUAUAUGAUUGGUCAAAUUCAAGGUCAUAGCUUGAUGUGCUAUAUUUGAAUAUAUGCUCAGUUUAUUACUCACCCCUCUUCCAAAAAUUUACAAAUAUUUUAUAUCCAAUUCAUUAUUAUUGAAUCUAAUUCUUAUUCAUUUAGUUGUUGAAUUUAAUUUAUCAGAGAAUUCUUAACAUACCUAAUACGUUUAAACUUUGAAACAUACCCUAUUGUCAGUUGUUCUGUUGAAUAAAUAUAUUAUUUACGAAAUAUCCAAUUAAUAUGAAUAAUUAUUGGUUUCAACUCUUCUGUUGUAUGAUUAUUGGAUUUCUAAUACUAACUAGUCAUACUAGUUGCAUGGACUCUGAUAAUGAUCCUUCAGAUAUCAGUGCAGAUAAACGCUUUCUGUUAGCUUUACCAUCACCCAAAAGGUUAAGCCAACCUUCAUAUUCGUUUAACCGUUACAGACGUCCAAUGUAUGGAUAUGGCUAUAGACCAGAUUAUAUUGAUGCUGAUGAAGAUUUAUUCAAUGAAGAUAAAAGAUUUCUACUUGGUCUACCGCCUAAAGUUGAACAUAAACGUUUUCUACUUGGUUUACCACCAUCACUUAGACAACAUAAAAGGUUCAUUUUAGGGCUACCAGCACCAACUAGAUUUCAUUCGUAAUUGAAGAUAGUUUUAAACACGUGAACACUUACACACAUAUGCAUACAAAACAUUUCACCAGACAUAUAUGUAUUCAUUAUAUAACAUGUCUGAAUAAUAAAUUAUAAAGAGGAAGUUUUGUUUUAUAUGAAUGGUAAA